AUCACUCUGACGUCCAGCAAACUCGUCCAAAGCGCGUCGCGGGAGAAGGUAAACAAAAAAAUCGAACGAAUUUUCCGCGAUUCAGGGCCCGUUAUCGUGGCCAAGUUUAUUCACGCGCACGGAAUAACCUCCGGUCCAGUCGCUGACUUCGCUGUUCCCCCAAAACGGACACCGACGGACGCGGCAGCGGACGGAAAGGAACGCGCGGCCGAUCCACACGACGGCAAGCGAGAGUGAAAGAGAGGACGCCAUGGAAGUAGAUAUGCGGUUGGUACUGGAUAGAACGAGUGAUGCAGACGAACUCUUGGAGCCCGGCUAUCAGAAGGCCUACUCGUGCAAUGUUCCCUACGUGACGCACGAGAUGUUUUGGGACUUUUUCCUCGACCUGAUGCGCACCGUGGCCGGGAACGAGCAGCAGCUGAAGGCGCUCCAGGAUCUCACAGCGAACCGUACCGGCGAUGGCGAGGAUUCGAUUGGGUUUGUGCAGUUACGGCGCGAGGAGUGCAUCUGCACGGUCCGCGGACAACUGCACACAGUGACCCCGAGCGAUGAUGGCGAAAGCACGGAGAUCAAAAUCUAUCAGCUGGCGGUGGAGGUGGACGAGCAGCAGGAGCGCAUCCAAGCGGUGAGCUGCCGGGAUUGUGAUGAGCUCGGUUGCUGCCAGCACGCCAUCAUCUUGGUACUGUGGCUGCACAAUCGAAACCAACCGGGUGCCUGUCCAUCAGAGCGUGAAUGCUUCUUCCGCACACCGUUCGUGACCUCGGUAGAGCAGCUGUCCCCGAAACCGGUACUGAACAAGACCAAGGCCAAGAACUUUAUCCGCGAGAUCGUGCACGGACUGCAGACGGAAGACAUUGACUGUCCGCUGCGGUGGAACUUCUCGUCUGGCACCAAAAAGUUCUCCAACAUCUCGAUCCACGAGCUAAUUAUGCUGGCCAUCAAGAACCAGUACACGGCCGAUCAGUUCCUGGAGCAUGCGAUCGCCGUCGUGGCCUCCUGCGGGUCGACGCUGGCAGAUAAGGUCAAGUUUCAGCCACGCUGUAAUGCCUGGUUCCAGGAGCUACGAUACGCACGGAUCACCGGAGCGAAGGUGUACGAUUGCGUUAACCUCACCGUCUCGCCACCCGUCCUGUACGAACUCAUUCUUGGCUGUAACAAGGAGAUCGAUGCGGCAACCCAGCGCAAGAAGCUCAACAUCCGGCAGCGGCUCGAGAAGUACACGAAGACGGUGUACGAGAAUCCGCGCAUUACGAUGAACACCACGUAUCCGGUCGUAUUCGACAUCCCGGACGGUAUCUGCCAGUCGCACGUGGUCGAGAUCAAGUGUCCGCGCUCGGUCGAGCACAUGAAGAAGUACGUGACGGAAGACGGUAGCAUUAAUGAGAAGUACUACCUCGAAAUGCAGGUACACAUGCUGCUGUACGGCAAGACGGCGGGCGUUGUUUGUGUGGCCGAUCCCGACUUUGACACCAACAGCGAGCUGUACAUGCACUCCUUUAACCUCAACAAACCGUUCGCGCUCAAGAACCUGGCGAAGGCGAUGGAAUACUGGAAGAACAAUAUCUAUCCCGAACUUUUCAAUAGCUGGUCCGAGUGAGGCGCACCGACCAGGGCAGUGACUGGAAUCGGAAUUCAGGAUUGGUUGGCCAGAUAAGCUUUCGGAUGUCCGGGGAAUGUCCUUUCGAAACACCGAACUGAACCGGGUGUCCGGGUUGGAAGCCGUGUAGAGGAAUAUCUUUAGUAAUAUCUUAUGUUUUAAUCUUCCUCCUUUGACAUGAUAACACACGAUAAUGUCCACAAACACACACAUACAUACAUACAUACAAACGUACACGUACAAACAUACAUACAAUCGAACACAAACACACCAGCGAGCGGCGGCAGAUGCAUGGUUUAGCAUUUUAAGGGACAAUAAAUGUAAGAUUUCCACUCCAAUACCGUCUCCAGUUCUUCUUUGUGGCAACUUUAUUCUUUACUCCCAGGCAGUGGUGGCUCUGUGUCGGGUUCAGUGUGCUGUCCGUUUACCGUAUUCGGGCGAGGGGUACAUCCU